AUGCCUCCUAGAUUAUCGAAACGUCAGAAGACCAGUAACGGAAUCGAGCAACCGAAUACGAUAAUGGCACACGCAUUCUCAGACCUUCCGGCAGCACUCGCUGAUGCUUUGCCAACGGCGUCAAAGCUUGCCAACCAGGACCCACAGUCGAACGCUUUCACUGAUACGAGAGCGAUUACUGCUCCAGCGACUUUUGGAAUCAAGGCUGGUGAUCCGGAUAAUGCUAUUCUCGUCACUGUUCGGGACAAGAAAACCGGCAUCCACUCCGGCUCAACGAAAGAUUGUCUCUUCGUGCUCUCUGCCCUGCCGGAACAAUGGCAGGAGUUUACGAAGCAGACUCCUGUUAUGCCAUAUUAG